UGCGAUCAGAUCGGUUUGAAUUGAAAACGAAGCGAAAAAGUGCAUGAAACGGUUGAAAGCGGACGAGCGGAAAAGUGAGUGAUAGAGUGAGAAAGAAAGAGCAAAAAGCGUGCGGCGUCGGUCGGUAAUUUGAAUAUUUGCUCGAUCCUCGAAGAAAUACGACAAAAUAUUGUUCUUUUUUUUGGCAUUUUUUUUAAUGUUUCAAAACGGAAAAUGUCGCCGUCGUCGGGAGAGUGUCUCCUCUUGGUUUACCAAAAAAAGCUUUAACAUUUAAAGUUUAAAACUAUAAAACACCGUUAGAUAUAUUAAACACUUAAAUAUAUACGAAACAAAUUAAAUUCCUUUGUUAAAUAAAUAUCCUCAAAGAGAGACCGAAAGAGGAGAGAAAAAGAAACCAGAAGAAGUGAAAAACUGGAAAAGUGGUUAACUGGAAAACUGGAUUACAAUGGAAUGGCAGCGCAGCCGACGUCGCAGUCGCGCACUAAACACUUGGAUUUGUUUUUGGAUUAACAAAAUGCAUGCGGUCGCUUCGCUGCCAGCGUCGCUGCAUCUGCUGCUGCUGACGCUGGCGUUUGCGAAUUUGCCGCACACCGUUCGCGGAACUGAUACCGCGUUGGUGUCUGUUUCCUGCACAAGUUUGGGCUGCCAGAAUGGCGGCACCUGCGUCACACAAAACAAUGGCAAAACCUACUGCGCUUGCGACUCGCACUAUGUCGGCGACUACUGUGAACACCGCAAUCCGUGCAACUCGAUGCGUUGCCAGAAUGGCGGCACCUGUCAGGUGACCUUUCGCAACGGUCGCCUGGGCAUCUCGUGCCAAUGUCCUUUGGGCUUCGACGAGUCCCUGUGCGAAAUAGCGGUGCCGAAUGCCUGUGACCAUGUGACGUGCCUAAACGGAGGCACUUGCCAACUGAAGACCCUGCAGGAGUACACGUGUGCGUGUGCCAACGGCUAUACCGGUGCCCGCUGCGAGACGAAGAAUCUGUGCGCCAGUUCGCCCUGCCGCAAUGGAGCCACCUGUACCGCCUUGGCCGGAAGUGGCAGCUUCACCUGCUCCUGCCCGCCAGGAUUCACGGGUCACACCUGCUCCGAGGACAUCGAGGAGUGCCAGUCGAAUCCCUGCAAGUACGGCGGCACCUGCGUCAACACCCACGGAUCGUACCAAUGCAUGUGUCCCACGGGCUACACGGGAAAGGAUUGCGACACCAAGUACAAGCCCUGCUCACCAUCGCCCUGCCAGAAUGGUGGAGUUUGCCGGUCGAACGGUCUAUCCUACGACUGCAAGUGCCCCAAAGGUUUCGAGGGCAAGAACUGCGAGCAGAACUUCGACGAGUGUCUGGGGCAUCUCUGCCAGAACGGAGGGACCUGCAUCGAUGGCAUCUCGGAGUACAGCUGCCGCUGUCCGCCGAACUUCACGGGAAAGUUUUGCCAGGACGACGUGGACGAGUGUGCGCAGCGGGACCAUCCGGUGUGCCAGAAUGGAGCCACCUGCACGAACACCCACGGCUCGUACAGCUGCAUCUGCGUGAAUGGCUGGGCAGGAUUGGACUGCAGCAACAACACGGACGACUGCAAGCAGGCGGCCUGUUUCUACGGAGCCACCUGCAUCGAUGGCGUUGGCAGCUUCUACUGCCAGUGCACCAAGGGCAAGACGGGGCUGCUGUGCCACCUGGACGACGCCUGCACCUCGAAUCCCUGCCAUGCGGACGCCAUCUGCGACACGAGUCCCAUCAACGGCUCCUACGCCUGCUCCUGUGCCACCGGCUACAAGGGCGUCGACUGCUCCGAGGACAUCGACGAGUGCGAUCAGGGAUCGCCGUGCGAGCACAACGGCAUCUGUGUGAACACCCCGGGUAGCUACCGCUGCAAUUGCUCGCAGGGAUUCACUGGUCCGCGCUGCGAGACGAACAUCAACGAGUGCGAGUCGCAUCCCUGCCAGAACGAGGGCAGCUGCCUGGACGAUCCGGGCACCUUCCGGUGCGUCUGCAUGCCCGGCUUCACCGGCACCCAGUGCGAGAUCGACAUCGACGAGUGCCAAUCGAACCCGUGCCUCAACGACGGCACCUGCCACGACAAGAUCAACGGGUUCAAGUGCAGCUGCGCGCUGGGCUUCACCGGCGCCCGGUGCCAGAUCAACAUCGACGACUGCCAGAGCCAGCCGUGCCGGAACAGGGGCAUCUGUCACGACUCCAUUGCCGGCUACAGCUGCGAGUGUCCGCCGGGCUACACGGGCACCAGCUGCGAGAUCAACAUCAACGACUGCGACUCGAAUCCCUGCCAUCGGGGCAAGUGCAUCGACGACGUGAACAGCUUCAAGUGCCUGUGCGACCCCGGCUACACGGGCUACAUCUGCCAGAAGCAGAUCAACGAGUGCGAAUCGAAUCCCUGCCAGUUCGACGGCCACUGCCAGGACCGGGUGGGCAGCUACUACUGCCAGUGCCAGGCCGGCACCAGUGGCAAGAACUGCGAGGUGAAUGUGAACGAGUGCCACAGCAAUCCGUGCAACAAUGGGGCCACCUGCAUCGACGGCAUCAACUCCUACAAGUGCCAGUGUGUGCCCGGCUUCACGGGCCAGCACUGUGAGAAGAACGUGGACGAGUGCAUCAGCAGUCCGUGCGCCAACAAUGGUGUGUGCAUCGACCAGGUCAAUGGCUACAAGUGCGAGUGUCCGCGCGGCUUCUACGACGCCCACUGUCUCAGCGAUGUGGACGAGUGCGCCUCGAAUCCCUGCCUCAACGAGGGUCGCUGCGAGGACGGCAUCAAUGAGUUCAUCUGCCACUGUCCGCCCGGCUACACGGGCAAGCGGUGCGACCAGGACAUCGACGAGUGCAGCAGCAAUCCCUGCCAGCACGGCGGCACCUGCUAUGACAAGCUGAACGCCUUCAGCUGCCAGUGCAUGCCCGGCUAUACGGGCCACAAGUGCGAGACCAAUAUAGACGACUGUGUGACCAAUCCGUGCGGCAAUGGCGGCACCUGCAUCGACAAGGUAAACGGCUACAAGUGCGUGUGCAAGGUGCCGUUCACGGGCCGCGACUGCGAGAGCAAGAUGGAUCCGUGUGCCAGCAAUCGCUGCAAGAACGAUGCCAAGUGCACGCCCAGCUCCAAUUUCCUGGACUUCUCGUGCACCUGCAAGCUGGGCUACACGGGCCGCUACUGCGACGAGGACAUCGACGAGUGCUCCCUGAGCUCACCCUGCCGCAACGGGGCCAGCUGCCUGAAUGUGCCCGGCUCGUAUAGGUGCCUCUGCACCAAGGGCUACGAGGGCCGCGACUGCGCCAUCAACACGGACGACUGCGCCUCGUUCCCGUGCCAGAACGGAGGCACCUGUCUGGACGGGAUCGGGGACUACAGCUGCCUGUGCGUGGACGGCUUCGAUGGCAAACACUGCGAGACGGACAUCAACGAGUGCCUGAGCCAGCCCUGCCAGAACGGAGCCACCUGCAGCCAGUAUGUGAACAGCUACACCUGCACCUGUCCGCUGGGCUUCAGCGGGAUCAAUUGCCAGACGAACGACGAGGACUGCACGGAGAGCUCGUGCCUGAACGGCGGCAGUUGCAUUGACGGCAUCAAUGGCUACAACUGCAGCUGCCUGGCCGGCUUCUCGGGGGCCAACUGUCAGUAUAAGCUGAACAAGUGCGACUCGAAUCCCUGCCUGAACGGGGCCACCUGCCACGAGCAGCGGGACGAGUACACCUGCCACUGCCCCAGUGGCUUCACGGGCAAGCAGUGCUCCGAGUAUGUGGACUGGUGUGCCCAGUCGCCGUGCGAGAACGGGGCCACCUGCAGCCAGAUGAAGCACCAGUUCAGCUGCAAGUGCUCGGCCGGAUGGACGGGCAAGCUGUGCGAUGUGCAGACCAUCUCCUGCCAGGACGCGGCGGACAGGAAGGGCCUCAGUCUGCGCCAGCUGUGCAACAACGGCACGUGCAAGGACUACGGCAACAGCCACGUGUGCUACUGCUCGCAGGGCUAUGCGGGCAGCUACUGCCAGAAGGAGAUCGACGAGUGCCAGUCGCAGCCCUGCCAGAACGGAGGCACCUGUCGCGACCUGAUUGGGGCCUACGAGUGCAGCUGUCGCCAGGGAUUCCAGGGCCAGAACUGCGAGCUGAACAUCGACGACUGUGCGCCCAAUCCCUGCCAGAAUGGCGGCACCUGUCACGACCGUGUGAUGAACUUCAGCUGCAGCUGUCCGCCCGGCACGGUGGGCAUCAUCUGUGAGAUCAACAAGGACGACUGCAAGCCGGGAGCGUGCCACAACAAUGGCAGCUGCAUUGAUCGCGUCGGCGGCUUUGAGUGCGUCUGCCAGCCCGGCUUUGUGGGCGCCCGAUGCGAGGGCGACAUCAAUGAGUGCCUCAGCAAUCCGUGCUCCAAUGCGGGGACAUUGGACUGCGUGCAGCUGGUCAACAACUAUCACUGCAACUGCAGGCCCGGACACAUGGGACGCCACUGCGAGCACAAGGUGGACUUUUGUGCCCAGAGUCCCUGCCAGAAUGGCGGCAACUGCAACAUCCGGCAGAGCGGCCACCACUGCAUCUGCAACAACGGCUUCUACGGCAAGAACUGUGAGCUGAGUGGCCAGGACUGCGACUCCAAUCCCUGCGUCGUGGGCAACUGUGUGGUGGCCGACGAGGGCUUCGGCUAUCGCUGCGAGUGCCCCAGGGGCACGGUGGGCGAGCACUGCGAGAUCGACACCCUGGACGAGUGCUCCCCGAAUCCGUGCGCCCAGGGCGCCGCCUGCGACAAUCUGCUGGGCGACUUCGAUUGCCUCUGUCCCAGCAAGUGGAACGGCAAGCGGUGCGACAUCUACGACGCCAGCUAUCCGGGCUGGAACGGCGGCUCUGGCGGCUCCGGCGGCUCUGGCGGCCAGGAGCGCUAUGCCAUCGAUCUGGAGCAACAGCGGGCGAUGUGCGACAAGCGGGGCUGCAGCGAGAAGCAGGCCAACGGGGUGUGCGACUCCGACUGCAAUACGUAUGCCUGCAACUUCGACGGCAACGACUGCUCGCUGGGCAUCAACCCGUGGGCCAACUGCUCGGCCAACGAGUGCUGGAACAAGUUCAAGAACGGCAAGUGCAACGAGGAGUGCAACAACGCCGCCUGCCACUUCGACGGCCACGACUGCGAGCGGAAGCUGAAGAGCUGCAACAGUUUGUACGACGCCUACUGCCAGAAGCACUACGGCGACGGCUUCUGCGACUACGGCUGCAACAAUGCCGAGUGCAGCUGGGACGGCCUCGACUGCGAGAACAAGACCCAGAGCCCGGUGCUGGCCGAGGGCGCCAUGUCCGUGGUGAUGCUGAUGAACGUGGAGGCGUUCCGCGAGGUGCAGGCCCAGUUCCUGCGCAACAUGAGCCACAUGCUCCGCACGACGGUGCGACUGAAGAAGGACUCCCUGGGCCGUGACUACAUCAUCAGCUGGAAGGACAAUGUCCGAGUGCCGGAGAUCGAGGACACCGAUUUUGCGCGCAAGAACAAGAUACUCUACACGCAGCAGGUCUUCCAGACCGGCAUCCAGGUCUAUCUGGAGAUCGACAAUCGCAAGUGCACCGAGUGCUUCACCCAUGCCGCCGAGGCAGCCGAGUUCCUAGCCGCCACCGCGGCCAAGCAUCAGCUGCGCAACGACUUCCAGAUCCACAGUGUGCGCGGCAUCAAGAAUCCCGGCGACGAGGACAACGGCGAGCCGCCGGCCAAUGUGAAGUACGUGAUAACGGGCAUCAUCCUGGUCAUCAUAGUGCUGGCCUUCCUGGGCAUGGUCCUGAGUACGCAGCGCAAGCGGGCGCAUGGCGUCACCUGGUUCCCGGAGGGAUUCCCAGCCCCGGGAGCGGUGAUGUCGCGCCGUCGGCGAGAUCCGCACGGCCAGGAGAUGCGGAACCUCAACAAACAGGUGGCCCUGCAGGCCCAGGGAGUGGGCCAGCCGGGUGCGCACUGGUCCGACGAUGAGAGCGACAUGCAGCUGCCCAAGCGGCAGCGCUGCGAUCCCGGCUCCGGCGUCGGUGGCCUGGGCAACAACGGUGGCUAUGCCAGCGAUCACACCAUGGUCAGUGAGUACGAGGAGGCCGACCAGCGGGUGUGGUCGAAGGCCCACCUCGAUGUGGCCGAUGUGAGGGCCAUCAUGACGCCGCCCGCCCAUCAGGAUGGUGGCGACCACGACGUGGAUGCACGCGGUCCCUGCGGCCUGACGCCCCUCAUGAUUGCCGCCGUUCGCGGCGGCGGCCUGGACACCGGCGAGGACAUCGAGAACAACGAGGACAGCACCGCCCAGGUGAUAUCCGAUCUGCUGGCCCAGGGGGCCGAGCUGAAUGCCACCAUGGACAAGACGGGCGAGACAUCGCUCCACCUGGCAGCCCGCUAUGCGCGGGCGGAUGCGGCCAAGCGGCUGCUGGACGCCGGAGCGGAUGCCAAUUGCCAGGACAACACGGGCCGGACGCCGCUGCAUGCGGCCGUGGCGGCCGAUGCCAUGGGCGUGUUCCAGAUCCUGCUGCGCAACAGGGCCACCAAUCUGAAUGCCAGGAUGCACGACGGCACCACACCGCUGAUACUGGCCGCCCGUCUGGCCAUCGAGGGCAUGGUGGAGGAUCUGAUCACGGCCGAUGCGGACAUAAAUGCGGCCGACAACUCGGGCAAGACGGCGCUGCAUUGGGCGGCGGCGGUGAACAACACGGAGGCGGUGAACAUACUGCUGAUGCACCAUGCCAAUCGGGAUGCCCAGGACGACAAGGACGAGACGCCGCUGUUCCUGGCCGCCCGCGAGGGCAGCUACGAGGCCUGCAAGGCGCUGCUGGACAACUUUGCCAAUCGCGAGAUCACCGAUCACAUGGAUCGACUGCCGCGCGACGUGGCCAGCGAGCGACUGCAUCAUGACAUUGUGCGGCUGCUGGACGAGCAUGUGCCGCGGUCACCGCAAAUGCUGAGCAUGACGCCGCAGGCGAUGAUCGGUUCGCCGCCGCAGGGCCAACAGCAGCCGCAGCUGAUCACCCAGCCAACGGUCAUUUCGGCCGGCAAUGGCGGCGGCGGCGGCGGCGGCAACAACAACAACAACAACAACGGCGGCUCUGCCAACGGGAAGCAGAGCAGCCAAACGGCCAAGCAGAAGGCGGCCAAGAAGGCCAAACUGAUCGAGGGCAGUCCGGACAAUGGCUUGGAUGCCACGGGCAGUCUGCGACGCAAGGCCAGUUCAAAAAAGACAAGUGCGGUCAAAAAGGCCGCCACCCUGAAUGGCCUCAAUCCUGGCCAGCUGGUGCAGCAGGGAGUGCCGUCAGCAGCGGCGGCUGUCGCCCAACAGGCGGCGGCGGCACAAGCGGCAGCGGCGGCGGCGGCGGCGGCACAAGCGGCUGCCGUGGCGGCCAUGUCACACGAACUGGAGGGAUCGCCCGUGGGCGUGGGCGGCAUGGGUGGCAACAUGCCCAGUCCGUACGACACCAGCUCCAUGUACUCGAACGCGAUGGCCGCACCGCUGGCGAACGGCAAUCCGAACACGGGCGCCAAACAGCCGCCGAGCUAUGAGGAUUGCAUCAAGAAUGCGCAAUCACUGCAAUCGCUGCAGGGCAACGGUCUGGACAUGAUCAAGCUGGACAACUAUGGCUACUCGAUGGGCUCGCCCUUUCAGCAGGAGCCGCUCAAUGGCCAAGGACUCGGGAUGAACGGCAAUGGCCAGCGGAACGGAGUCGUCGCCGGCGUGCUGCCCGCCGGACUGUGCGGCCUGGGCGGACUGACCGGGACCGGAAACGGAAACGGAAAUAGCCACGAACAGGGACUGAGUCCGCCGUACUCGAACCAGUCGCCGCCGCACUCGGUGCAAAGCAGCCUGGCGCUUUCGCCCCACGCCUAUUUGGGCUCACCAUCGCCGGCCAAGUCGCGACCCAGUCUGCCCACCUCGCCCACCCACAUCCAGGCGAUGAGGCAUGCCACCCAGCAGAAGCAGUUCGGUGGCAGCAAUCUCAACAGCCUGCUGGGCGGGGCCAACGGUGGGGGCGUGGUCGGCGGAGGCGGCGGAGGAGGAGGCGGCGGCCUGGGGCCCCAAAACUCACCGGUGAGCUUGGGCAUCAUCUCGCCAACGGGCAGCGACAUGGGCAUCAUGCUCGCCCCGCCGCAAUCCUCGAAGAGUAGUGCAAUAAUGCAGACGAUGUCCCCCCAGCAACAGCAGCAGCAACAGCAACAGCAGCAGCAGCAGCAGCAGCAACAGCAGCAGCAGCAUCAGCAACAGCAGCAACAGCAGCAGCAGCAGCAGCAACAUCAGCAGCAGCAACAGCAACUCGGAGGACUGGAGUUCGGUUCAGCGGGCUUGGACCUGAAUGGAUUUUGUGGAUCUCCGGACUCAUUUCACUCGGGUCAAAUGAAUCCGCCCUCGAUACAAAGUUCGAUGUCCGGCUCGUCGCCGUCGACCAACAUGCUGUCGCCGUCGUCGCAGCACAACCAGCAGGCCUUCUACCAGUACCUAACGCCCCCGAGCCAGCAUUCCGGCGGCCAUACGCCGCAGCACCUGGUCCAGACGCUGGACAGCUACCCGACGCCCUCGCCGGAGUCGCCCGGCCACUGGUCCUCCUCCUCGCCGCGAUCCAAUUCCGAUUGGAGCGAGGGCGUCCAGUCGCCGGCGGCCAAUAAUCUCUACAUUUCCGGUGGCCAUCAGGCCAACAAGGGAUCCGAGGCCAUCUACAUUUGACCAUAAGCUGGACAAGACGCAUAUGGAAAUGGAUCUGGGUGUGGAUCUGGAUGUGGAUGCGGAUGGGAUUGAAAUCGAAAGCAAAGUCGAUUGCCAAGGAUGACAGCAGAGGGACUCUUAAAGAGUCCGCGGCUACGUUCUAUCUAAAAUAUGCUAUAUAAAUGUAAUUCUCUAAUCUCUACGAAUAUGUAUUUUUCACGCGACUUUUUUUUUUUUUUUAUUUGAGUAUGUGUGUGUCUAUAAGUUUUAGAUUUUAGAUCGAAAUGCGCAAUUCUAGCGGAAGAAGCGUCAUAAAUUGUAGGAACUUAAAUUAUUUUAAUGCUUGUUGUACAGUGCGCGCCGAUCGCAUAUAUAUAUAAAUAUAUAUAUAUAUAAAUAUAUAUAUACUAUAUAUAGAGGUAUCUACUCAUAGAUAUACCAGUUAAGAGCUCGUUUUGUGGCGCAUCUUAUUUUAUUGUCGUAACGUCAUCGUAGCUUCCAGUAAACGAAAAAAAAAAUAUAAAAACAUAAAAUAAUAACCAGAGAGAGAGAGAGAGGAGAAACUAAACUUAGCGCAAAUUCUGAUUGAUCGAUUAAACGUUGGUGGGACAUUUGUAGUUGUAAGCGACCAUUAUAUCACUAGGCCCUAAGUCUAGGCUAAGUUUUUAUCGAAUUCUACAUUUAAUUAUGGCCCACAGCUAUAUAAAUAUAUAUAUUUCGUAGUUUUGUAGGUUUCGAAACUGAAGUGCUUAUAUAAACAAAAUUGUUAGACGUACACCGCAUCAAAACCUUUUUUUUUACACCAACUUUUUUUUUAUUAUUAUUAUUACGACUAUUAUGUAUUAUUACAUAUUGACUAAGCUAAACUGUAAAAAGAUUCUCAUAACUGUUUGAUUUAAGUUGACAAAACAAAAGGAAUUGCAAAAGUUAUACAAAAAAUCACCAACGAGAACGUAUAAUGCUAAUACAAAAAAAAAAACAAAAACAAAACAAAAA